AUGUUAGUUGACUUAGUAGCAUCUACAUUACCAUACACUAGUACUGCGCUUCUGCCCAAACUCCCACGGAGCUUCGACGGUGACAGCAUCGCCCUGGCCUGGAGCCUCGGGGAAAGGCUACAGAAUGCCUUGGCUAUAUUUUGCGACGUCGGCGACACGAGGGUCUGGCGGAUGCUAGACGCUUCGUUGCAGGCCAUAGGAGACUUGAACCAAGGUCCUCUGUAUUGGGAUGAUCUGCUGAAGGUAUUUCAACUCGUCAAAGAUUCUGAUGACAGUGUGUGGCUUGGCCUCCAUGUCGUGCCGCAAAAUGCUGCUCUGAUUCGUCCAUCUACUGGCGGCGUCAUCUUGGAGGAAUUGCAGACCGCGGCACCGGUUUCCGACGUUCUUAAGGCAGAACAUGCCCUUACCUGGGACUUCCCGAGCCGGGCCGUCACGAUCCCGCUCAGCGACUUCAGCAAUGAGUCCUUCCUGGGGAACUUAUCCCGGUUUCUCGAACAGGCCAGCUCCCAGGCCUUUGAUCGGUUUGCCGCGCGAGCCUCCAAGGGGGGGCAGUCCGUCGUCGAGAUCCGCGACUGCCCGAGCCCGGCCCUCAUCAGCGAGAUGCUUAUGUCCUUGCUCGAGGGGCUGGGGAGCCUGGUGCAUGUCCGUCGACUGCGCAAGCGAGUGCGUGACGACGUCGUCCUGGAUGCCUCCGAGAUCCCCUGGAGGCGCUCGCCGUACUGGCUCGUCCUUCGCGUCACCCUCGGGCGGAUCCUGUCCGCGCUGUUGGACGAUGCUCACGAGGCGAUGGGUCGGGUGUAUUACAGGUUCAUCAUAUGUGCGGUACUGGCCAAUCUUCUCAGGGACUGCGUGGGCAAGCUGCACCCGGAGAUGACGCUGAUGCUCCAGGCAAAGCUCUGUCGUCGCCUCGCCAAGCUGGAGUCGGAGAAGAUGUCUGCCUCAGGGGCUCUGAACGCGGCGUAUGACGCUUUCUUCGCCGCCAGUAGCGGCUCUUUUGGGACCAUCGUAGUCAAUGCCAGGCAUCGCGAGUAUAAAAGGGGCAUCGUCCGCCGGAUCCCCGUCCUCCCCCUUCGCGCUCCCAAGAAGGAUCUGUUCCUGGAUUUGCUCAACAGCCGCGCGGUUCUUCUGCGCUUGCUAUCCCAAAACUUCAACUCUCCGGGCCGUGAUGUGUCUGUUGACCUUUCGUCGCUGAGGGAGGGGACAGUCUUCCAGGUCAACCAGGUUGCAACCCAGUACAGUUCACUGGUCGACUACGAGGCGAAGAUAAUAGAUGAUACCGCUCUACUUUCUUUAUCAUCUUCAGAACGCAGAUGCACGGAACUUGCCGAGAUUAUCGAGCUCUUUCUUGAUAGGGUCAGAGAUGCAUACGUGAAUAACUCGCUGCUGAUGAGUCGAUACCUCCUCCAGCUGUUUGAGGUGUGGAUGCGCAUGGAUAAGGAAGCGACUGCAGCAUGUUGCCUGCUCAAGGCGUUUCACCCGGUGUUUGUCCCGAGUUCGCUGGAUGUGCUUUGUUUGCAGACCAUGCAAGAGAUGGAAAGACUCAGGCAAGUGCAGCAGUACAUUGGCGCCCGGAUCAGCUCCCACGAUACAGACCAUGAAACCAUCUUCGGCGAUCCUCGAAAGCCCAACUCCUUCCCCCUAAGGUUCGUUUACUCAACUGAGCCGGGAGAGCGAAUGAUUGUUCUCGCCGAGCAGAUCGAUGCUGCGUCGCAGAGGUCGAGAACACGCAAGCUAUCUGAGCUCGCCGAUCUGACGCGGCAGUACGAUGAGCUCACUCGGGCGAUGCAGAGCCGGACAUGUACUUGCACCCGGUUGCCAGAUGGACGUAUGGAUGUUCGUGGAUGCACAAAGUGCUGGAAGAAGCGAUGCCGGUACCGACUCAAGAUCAACGCUCACCAAGAUUUCCUCCCGCUGCCCAAGGCAGGCCCGCAGAAGGCCCAGCGAGCGGCGAUUCUCUUUGGACUGUGCAUGCCAAGGUAUCUUGCGGCAUACCGGGCAGCGGCCUGGAAGCUGUACAUGUUGGGGAGCCAAAUACCCUAG